UUUCUGCAACGACCUCCUACAAAUCACAGAACCCAUGGAAGUCGUCAUGAACACAUCUAUCAUGAGGAUGGGCCAGGUCGGUUAGGAUAUGCAUGUUGAAGAUCUACGGUUGAGUCAAUCUCAUUUGCAGCUCGCUCGGCUGAACAGAAGCUUGCAAGGCCCGAAGGGAAAGCUGGACAAAAUGAUCUGCAUGCUCAAAAGUCUCCAGAACCACCUGUGCCCGGCGAACGCCUUGCCCCCAGACAUAUGGCGCGUAAUUUUCACCCUGGUCAUCAAAGACGUCUACGACUCGGCCGACGAUAUGCAACCGGACUUUUCGCAAACGUAUGGGUUAUCGAUAGACGACGAACAGCUCGUUACCAUCACCACCGUGUGUCGUUACUGGUACGACGUUUGUAUUUCAACGCCAUCCCUAUGGAACAGCAUCAACACCUAUCAUAUUCCUCAACUCCAAGCACGCGUGCUCAAGCAACACCCUGACAUUCCGUUGGAGGUCACAGUCUAUGGCAGCACAGUUCCAACCCUAACGUCAAUGUUUCCCAAUCCCCCAUGCAGAUUGUUGUUGUGGUUUCGAUGCUCUUGGAACAAUGUUCGUCGACAUGGGAAGUCCUUGUCGUCGGCGGGCGAGGUUCUCAAGACUUUGAUACUGGAUUCUAAUGACGAUGACUCGGACGACGACGCCGACAACAACAACGGAGACGGUGACGAAUCAGACGACGACGAGUCGCAAUUCGCAGCGCCUCGCAAGAUCACUCUAUUCGGUGACUCGACUCCCUGUCUGGAGACCGUCUGGCUAACCGGCCUUGCUUGGAGACCGAUGAAUCGCUUCAUCACCGCCAUCCAACUCCUCAUAGACGACUGUGACUGGCCCAAUCCAAUCUCCAACAUAAUGGAUCUCCUGAACGGCACACCGGCCCUGCAGGUCCUUGUCAUAUCGAGCACGCAGAAUCAUUGGGGGACAUGGAGGGGCGAGACUGCCUUGAUCGAAGCUCAAGGAAGGCCUCGUUUGGAGCGUCUUAGACGCCUUCACUUCCGCGACAUCGAUGGAGGCGAAGACGGUAUAGCACUUCUGCUGUCGAAGCUAGAUGCGCCCCAAGCCGUCGUUGUUGUGAACGACGCCCGUGCUUCGGAAUCAGAGGCGCAGUGGCUCAGACUACCAGAGGCACUCUCUCGACUCAACCUCGAGCUCAUGAAACCGACGAACAUGGAACUCACAUUCCACCUGAAGCUUUACAAGGUAUUCGUCACGGUCAUCGUCGCGAGCCGACACGGAGGGCUGCUUCUAAAGAAGAAGCAUCUCCUUUACAACACUCCCGCAGACCGGAGCUAUCGUUUCGCCAGCGUCUUCAAUCUGUCUCAAGUGCGGGACCUUCGUUGCUUGGACCGCGUUCACGUCAGGCAGAGUCUCGUAGCGGUUCGGAUGUGGUCCUCCAUGUUGCCGGGUUUGGCGGAACUGGAGCACUUGAUGCUCUACAGUCGCAGCGUAUGGUAUAUAGCCCACGCGCUCAAUGACGGUGACUGGCUUGCGCGAGUCAAGCCCCUCUGUCCACGGAUGGAGCGAAUCAUCGUCCUCAUGGAGUCGGACGCGAGGCCGCCUUUUGCAGACGUUAUACUCAAGCUCGCGAGGAUACAUGAGGACAUCCCUUUUUGCGGCGUCAUCAUCGCGUAUCUCCCGGACUACGGAGACGAAAGGGUGUACCAAAGUGAACACGACAGCCUCCUGCCUUCGAUAGAAUAUGUCGACUACGAUGAGGUGCCACCGAUGGAGACCCCAUGGCAUGAUCACCUCGAUUCAGUCGACUUCCACCUACCUUCGGCGUACUGGCCUUCGCUCGCAGAGUGGUCCAGGCCUUCGCUCGCAGAGUGGCCUUAGACACUCCAUCGACCAGACAACUGUACUUCGUAGCAAUAGCAUCCGUCAGAAGAGCCUUGUCCAACUAGCGUAUCAAAG